UUCACUGUUCGAGCUGGCUCUCUUGAAUCUCUAACAUCUACUACACACCAAAGACAAGCGGCAAGAACAGAAGAUGAAGGUCACAGUCGCCACCUUGAUGCUCUGCACGGCACUCCUGGCAACUACAGGGGCAGGCUUCCCAUUCGAGAGGAAGGGGUCGUCUGGAAAGGAGAAGAGGGUCCAGUAUGCCGCAUGGGACGACGUGAACGUGCUGGCCCACGGGCUACUGCAGCUGGGCCAGGGGCUCAAAGAGCACGUGGACAAGACGAAGGUCCAGGUGAGAGACAUCACCGCCAAGCUGAAGUCUUCCAACAGCACCGUGACUGACCUGGGCAAGCUGACCUUACGGCUGCAGGAGGACAACAAAGUGCUGAAAGCCAGGACCGACGGUCUGGAGGAAAGAGAGAGCCAGGUCCUCAAUGUCUCGUCUGAGCUGCGAGAGAAGGCUGAAGAGCUGCUGACGGAGAGACAGAGGGUCCACGAAAGGAUGAACAAGCUGGAGGAGAAGGUGAACGGCGCGCUGCAAGGAGAGGGGAAGCAGGGCACCAGUGGCAACUUCAGUGAUGCACGGACCAUCCAGUGGAUGAUGGAGGCUCAGAACCGGCGGAUAGAUGAACUCGUGGACAGAAUAAGGCAACAGCAGGAAAAACUGGACAAGCAGAACAUCCGUAUUCGAACUCUUCAGAAUCAGAUACAGAUUAAUUUGCAGUCGGUUCUCAAGCGAAAAGACGAGGUCCUCCCUCAAAACGGCAGUAUCGAACAACGCGAUUCACCACUUGAUAUGGCCUCUGACUGUCACGAACUUUUCCUGAGAGGGGAGACAAGCACCGGUGUAUACACAAUCAAGCCUUUGCAGUCCGAACCUUUUGAUGUUUUCUGUGAAAUGAGAGCAGAUGGGGGAUGGACAGUCAUCCAGAGGCGCCAGGAUGGCUCUGUAGAUUUUGACCAGCUCUGGCAGGCAUACCAAAGUGGCUUUGGAAACCUGAAUGGUGAAUUCUGGCUUGGUCUAGAGAAGAUCCAUUCGUUGUCAAAAGACGGAAACUACAUCCUCAAUGUUCAGCUCAGCGACUGGCGCGAUGAGGCCGAGAGCAUCAAGUACCCCUUCCGUCUGAGCGGGGAAGAGAGCGACUACUCCCUGCACAUCCUGGACAAUGCCUCCAGGAACCUGGAGAGUGCUCUUGCCACCGACGCCGCCGCCGGUUUGCCCUUCUCCACCCGAGACAAAGACAACGACCAGAAAAGCGACAUCAACUGCGCCAAGCACCUCUCUGGUGGCUGGUGGUUUAGCAACUGUGGUCAUUCAAACCUCAACGGUCGGUACUUCCUUACCCCGCCACCCAAGCAGAGGCACCAGAGGAAGCAGGGAGUGUUCUGGAAGACUUGGCGCGGUCGCUACUAUCCCCUGAAAACCACUACCAUGAUGAUUGCACCCUCUGAGAUUCAGAACAAGUCUUAAGAGUGUGUGGUGUUGCUUGGAGCGAGAGACGUUGAACACAAGAGUCGUGAACUGCUGAAAAAAAAGAGUUUAAAAUAAGUCAAGUUUUUACAGUGAUCCAAAUAGUUAAGUCAGCCAAAAUGCCAAAUAUUGGUUCUUAACAAAUAAUGGUGCUUAACAAAUUCAGAGAUUAGUGUUGAGUGUCCACACCAUUUCACAGUGAAACAGUUCAGAUAGACAUUUUCAUUUGAAAUGUUGGAAGCAAGAAAAUGGUGGAAGAGCUAACAUAGAAACGGUAUCAGAUUACUAUCUCUGAGGAGAGAGCCAUCCAGGUUAAAGAGUUCUGGAUGUCCCAGAGUUAAGCAUGUAUCGACAUGUUUGCAUAUUGCAAGCAUCUUUUAACAAUUUCCACAUGUUAAGACGGAUCUGGUAUGAGGGGUGCUAUGAAAGGCUCCCUGCACUGAUUGAUGGCUAUCCAUUUUCAGAAAGGAGCUAUAUAACAAGGGCCGUUCAAGGACCCAAUCUUAUGGACCAAAUACUAACACAAUCAGUUAGAGACUGUGAGACCUAUCUUAGAGGCAUUAGUUAUCUGAUGGCAUUAUCAAAAGACAAUGUAGAACAAUACAGCAAUGCAGCUAAUCAACAGAUACAGUAUAUAAGAGAGUAAGAUAGCUUUCUAGUUGUUCAAUUGUGCACACAUUGCUUUUUCCGGUCCUUAAAAAUAUAUAGCUGUAAGUGUUGCCUACUGUCUCUUUGUAUUUCAGUUACAACUCCUUCACUAAUUUCAGUGGAGUUGGUUUGCCCUUCAGUCAUAUUGACUGCAUUUUAUUCCUGAAGUUUUCUCCACUGCCUGUAAAUACCAAGCAGAUUUUAUGUCGACUGAACCUUUACAAUCCUGAAAUGUAAACUCAUUUAGUUGCGCUACAUUUGUAACAUUCUCAGUUUAUGUUGAUGUCGGUGUUCUUAUUUUUUCUAUUUAAGUGCUGUAAAGAAUCACUGUGUACUUUUACCUUUUUGUUAAUUAUUUAUAUUUCAUACAUUAUUUUCCAAAAGUAUGAAAACCUUUGCUAUUGUUUUCUCUUUCUUUUUUACACAACGAAGACGAACUGAUCUUUAAGUCAUUUGUCCAUUCAGUGGGCCAAUAAAGAGGAUUUAAAAAAUGUAUUUUAAAA